GAGAAUUGUUUGAGAGCUCAGUCAUCCAAAAACGGCCUUUCAAUGUGAGAACUUGGGGAGACGAAGAAAAUGUCGGUGGCAUCGCAGUAAAUUACUAAAGCAGCGAGGCUUUAGAGGGAAAAGCGAAGUUUCAAACUUGUUGUUUUUUGGGACUUAAAACUCAACACAGAAGCGAAGCAAAGAGAAGCUCGGUCGGUUUAAACGAGGUGUGAGCACCAAAUACUGCAGUUUUGGAGCCAGUGUAUGGAAGAUGUCUGGAAAGAGAGACUGGACUCCGUGGAUGAAAAAGAGAAGGGCUCCAGUGUUGUGCGCGCUGGGUGCAGUACUACUGUGCUGCCUACAGAGUGGUGCCUCGGUCACCGACGAGGUGCCUGUGUUCACUGAGGAGCCGAUGUCCGUGGUGCAGAAGCUGGGAGGCAGUGUCAAUCUUCGCUGCAGCGCUCGACCUGCCUCUGCCAACAUCAGCUGGCGCCUCAAUGGCCAGGAGUUCUCGGACGGAGAUUUGGGUGUAGUGCUCAGGCCCAACAGCUUGCUCAUCCCCUUGCUGUCCAACCUGACUCUGGGAAGGUACCAGUGUGUGGCCAGCACUGGUGCAGGAGCCCUCGCUAGUGUGCCGGCUAACGUCACUGCUGCUAAGCUGCGCGAUUUUGAGCCUGAUGACCAGCAAGAGAUCGAAGUAGAUGAAGGCAACACGGCUGUUAUUGAAUGUCACCUCCCAGAAAGCCAGCCCAAGGCUCAGGUCCGCUACAGCGUCAAACAGGAGUGGCUGGAAACAUCCAAAGGGAACUACCUCAUCAUGCCAUCAGGGAACCUGCAGAUCGCCAACGCCACACAGGAGGAUGAGGGGCCGUACAAGUGUGCUGCCUACAACCCCAUCACUCAAGAGGUCAAAACAUCGACGUCAGCUGAUCGCCUGCGAAUACGCCGCUCCACGUCUGAAGCAGCCCGCAUCAUCUACCCCCCAGCCUCUCGCUCCAUCAUGGUGACCAAAGGUCAGCGGCUAGUGUUGGAGUGUGUCGCCAGCGGCAUCCCCACUCCACAGGUCAGAUGGGUGAAAGAUGGACAGGACCUGCGUUCCCUUAACAACACGCGCUUCCUGCUCAGCAACUUGCUGAUCGACGCAGUGGGAGAGAGAGACUCGGGCACGUACGUUUGCAGAGCGGACAACGGCAUUGGCUCAGCCAGCUCUGCUACGGUGCUUUAUGACGUCCAGGUGUUCGAGCCUCCUCAGGUGACGGUGGAGCUGCAGCAGCAGCAGGAGGUUGUUUAUGGAGAGACGGUUCGCUUCAUCUGUCAGGUCCGUGGCAAACCCACUCCCUCUGUGAUGUGGCUCCACAAUGCCCGUCCUCUCACCCUGUCUCCUCGCCACCGCCUCACUGCCAAAGGGCUGCGUGUCACCAACGUUGGCCCCCAGGAUGACGGGCUGUACCAAUGCAUGGCUGAGAAUGGGGUGGGCAGUGCUCAGGCCUCUGCUCGCCUCAUCACCGUGUCAACUGGGAUCUCAUCCAGAGGGAGGCUGCCCUCCAUCUAUCGGCCGCUCAGCCCAGAUAAGGUGCUGAGGGAGCAGCCGCCUGUGAGGCCUGGAGCAGCAGGAGCCAUGCUGCCUCUGGACUGCUCUGAACUGCCUGGACAGAUCCUUCCUGCAGAGGCCCCCAUCAUCCUUAGCCUGCCACGCACAGGCAAGGCCGACCACUAUGAACUCACCUGGAGACCGCGGCAUGAGCGAGGAACGCCUGUGCUGGAGUACAUGGUCAAAUACAGAAAGUUUGGAGACCCUCUAGCAGAGUGGACCUCCAGCAGUAUCUCUGGAGCUCUUCACAAACUGACCCUGGCCAAGCUGCAGCCAGACAGUCUCUACGAGGUGGAGAUGGCUGCCAAAAACUGUGCAGGUUUGGGACAACCUGCCAUGAUGACCUUCAGAACUGGUAAAGGUCGCAGAGUGCAAAACGACCCUCCUAAAACUCCUGCUGUCCCCUCACCCAGCCUGUCUCCUCCAGAAGCCCCUGACAAACCCACAGUCUCCACAGCUACGGAAACAUCAGCAUACGUGACUUGGAUUCCUCGCGGUAACCGUGGAUUCCCCAUCCAGUCAUUUCGGGUGGAGUACAAGAAGGUGAAGAAGGCAGGAGAGGACUGGGUGACAGCAGUGGAAAACAUCCCGCCAUCGCGGCUCUCUGUGGAGAUCACAGGCCUGGAGAAAGGUACGUCCUACAAGUUUCGUGUUGUAGCUGUGAAUGUUAUCGGUUCCAGUCCUCCCAGUGCCCCUUCAAAGGCUUACACAGUGGUGGGUGGGAGAACCCAUGAGCGCCCCGUUGAUGGACCCUACAUCACCUACAAUGAAGCCAUUAAUGAGACGACCAUCAUUCUCAAAUGGACGUACACUCCAGUAAACAACACUCCCAUCUAUGGCUUCUACAUCUACUACCGGCCGACAGACAGUGAUAAUGACAGCGACUAUAAGAAGGACGUGGUGGAGGGAGACCGAUACUGGCAUUCAAUCACGGACCUGCAGCCUGAGACCGCCUAUGACAUCAAGAUGCAGAGCUUCAACGAGAAGGGAGAGAGUGAAUUUGGCAAUGUGGUGAUCCUUGAAACUAAAGCUCGUCCUAAUCAGCAGCGACCCACUCCAUCAGAGACCCCAGACCACGCACUAGGACACGGACAUGGACUCAUAUCUCGGCCUGGUGACAUCCCCUACCUCAUCGUUGGUCUCGUCCUGGGAACCUUCGUCUUCAUCAUCGUCGCUUUCAUCCCUUUCUGCUUAUGGAGAGCCUGGGCCAAACAGAAACAAACAUCAGAUUUGUGUUUCCCCGCCGUGGCUGCUCCCGUGUCGUCAUGUCAGUACACCAUGGUUCCUCUUCAGGGGCUCGCUCUGGUUGGCCACUGCCCCCUGGAUGGUCACAUGACGGCUCCACAUGGUGUUUAUCCUGCUAAUGGAGAAUACACUCCCAAUGGCAAACCUCACCAUCCAACACACUGCCUGCCAGGGCUGCAGCAGGAGGAGGUGGACUGUGAUAUGGAGUGUGACACAUUGUUACCACAGACUGUGUCAAAUGGACAUGUGCCUGUUUAUCACUACUCCAGCAGUGGUUCAGAUCAUCAUGAGCAGAGCUGCUGUCCUCCUGAUGACUCGACUUUGCAGCUCCUUGAAUCUUCCCAUCAGCACCUCCCUGCACACGAGCCUGGAGGCAAUGGCAGCUUCUGUGGCAGAGAAAAAGCAGAGGAUAGCAUCACGCAAAAAACAUCAUCCUUUCCUCUUCUCUCUCUAGAGGACGAAGGGAUUUUCACCACAUCAUCCUCAGCAGCCUCAACGCCACAAUCCCAAGACACAACAAUACAGGAAGUGAACAUCCUCCCGAAUGAAGCGUCCCCUGUGAACACAGGGACAGCCAACACAACAGAUGCAUAAGAGACUGUUACACAAGCAGAAGAAAACCAGAGAAAAUAUUUAUUUUUGUAUCACAGAUAUUUAUAUAUUUAUGCUUUUGUACAUACGUGUCUGAUUGUACUGUAUAUAAGGUAUUUUUAUAGUGAAAAAAGACUCUUUAUUCACGUGUCGUUGUGGAGAAAGGGAGCACCGUGUUGUGAUGCUGUUUUCUUUCUAGGGAGGGAAAGAAGUUUUAUUCCUCAUGUUGAAGAAGAUGAGUCAGGGGGCCUUAAAUCUGCAGGGGAUUCCUCUCACUUUAGCACUUCAUGUCCACACCCUCCUUGUGACAUUCCUCACAGAAAUCCUCCAUCCUUCAUGUUUGGACCUUAGGUACUUAGCUUUAUGUACAACCGAGACAAAGGGACCAUUCAAACCAGUCUGAUGCUGUAAUUAUGAGGUGCUUCAUUGUGUUUAGAGCCGUUGCUAUGUCACAUCUUCAAACAGUUCUGUCAUUUUGUAUAGCAGUAACAAAUGUAUUAUGCAUUGUUCAUCAUUAACAUACUAUUAACUUGUGUAUGCAACAUAAAUCAUUCUGUCCAGUAGUGUACAAGAGAUUAUAUAUUGUAUAGUUAUUUAUUUUUGUGAUUUUAUGUUAUUUUUAAAUCACUGAAUGGGAGAGAUUCUGGAAAAUAUUUUAAACUCAGUCAUAGAUAAGCUGAACUUUAAUCCUCCAACCACUUUGUUGUUUACUCAUUUGCUGGUUACCAAAAUGACUGCCAGGUGAGGGCGCUGUGACAGCUGUGUCAGUAUUAUCCCUCCCUCACAGGUUGGUGCAUAAGUAUUAAGUCUUUUCAGAGACACGUGAUCAAAAUGAAGGAGAUCCUGAAUCUACACUCUCACUUAAAGGUGGAGCCGUCCUGCGGCUGCACACGCUGGAGCACUAUUGCAUGUAAAUAAAAGCUUAUGAAAUUUAA